AUGGCUUCAUACUGUCGCACUGUCGUCCCUUCCGCUAUUCCCUCCCGCUCCUUCUCCCCAUUCCGCCUGGAUCCUCCUCUCUUCCCCCACAUCUGCUCCCCCGCUCUGCUCCCCACCCCUGUUCCCCCUCCCUGUUUCAACCUCCCAGUGUUUCCCUCCCCAUUCUCCUUCCUAGUUCCCCUUCCCAGUUCCCCGCUUAUUUCCCUCUCCAGUACCCCCUUCCCGUUCCCUCCUCCUGUUUCGCGUCCCUGUUCUCCGAUUCCUCUUCUACUCUCCCUCUUCCCUUCUCCCUCCAACCCCCACCCCCGUCCCCACCCCAUGGGCCACGCCCCCUCACCAUGGGGCGCAAGCGCGCAGCCUUUGUCUCACAGUCUUCCCUUAUUCCCCCCUUCCCUCUCUCCCACCUCCCUUUUCUCCCUCCCCUUCCCCCAUUACCCCUUCCCCCCAGCCCCGUCCCCUGACCAUGGGGCGCAAGCGUGCAGCCCUCCCCCGCCUGCUCUCCCCCAGCACUUCCCCCUUGGGCUUUGGGGGCGGAGGGGAUGGCUCCAGCGCAACUCUCAAGAUAACUCCCGUUGGCCUCAUUGUCCCCCUCCCCUUCUUCCUCCCUUUUCCCCCUCCCCUUUUUCCUCCUUGUUCCCCCUCCCCUCCUUGUUCCCCCUCCUCGCUCUCCCUUUCCCCAUCCCUCCCCUUGCUCCCCCCCAGCCCCGUCCCCUGACCAUGGGCGCAAGCGCGCAGCCCUCCCCCGCCUGCUCUCCCCCAGCGCCCCGUCCCCUGACAAUGGGGCGCAAGCGUGCAGCCCUCCCCCGCCUGCUCUCCCCCAGCACCUCCCCCUUGGGCUUUGGUGGGGGAGUGGAUGGCUCCAACGCAACUUUCAAGAUAGCCCUUCUUGGGCUCGCUGCCUGCCUUUUCUGCCUGCUCAUCCUCGUUAUAGUCGUCCUCUUUGCCCUGCUCAUCAGCAUGCGGUGGUCGUCUGCUGACGUGGCUGCCAGCCUGGCAGCGCGAGAGUCUCUCACUGCUGAGUCGCUGAGAGGGAGGAAGGCGCAUCCUGGCAUGGUGAUGAAUCAGCAAGGCAUGGUG